AUGGUGGCUGUUGUCACAACUUCAUCGGCUGCCGAGCAGGCAGCCAAAGAGAUUUGUGAAACCUCGGAGACAUCGAUCGUUGGAUUUGACACAGAGUGGGGCUCCAAGGGCGAAGUGGCUCUGGUGCAGUUGGCGACAGCUGAUCGAUGCUUACUGCUUUUGCUUCCGGAGAUUCAUCUGCAGGACUGCCCUUCCCUCCUGCGACUCUUUCAGGAUCCGCACUACUUGAAGGUUGGGGUAGCAGUAGGUCUGGAUGCAGAGUUGCUAAAAGAGCAGUUCCAAAUCGAGCUCCGGGGCUGUGUCGAUCUGGCGAGGUUGGCUGCAAGGGAGGGGGAGGUAAGGCAAACGCAGCCGAUCGGACUUGCUGCUUUGACGCAGCAGCUGCUGGGAGCAGAUCUUCCCAAAGAUGCAUCCAUUCGCCGUUCCAACUGGGCUGAGCGCCCGCUUUCCCCUGACCAGCUUGCCUAUGCUGCCAGGGAUGCACUGGCUGGCCGGGACUGUGCAGCCGCGCUGGCCAGCAAGCAUAAGUCACCCGAUGCACACUUGCUUGAUUGGUGCCAAGGACUCUUGGACAAAGCAGGAAAAGAUCCGAAGCCCGGCAAAGUGAAGAAGGCCUGCACCGAGGAUCCAUCUGCGCCCGGUGCUGAUGCCGGUCGAUUGAAGGCAACUUUGGACUGUGGGGCCUACUCCUGCGUAACGAAGUUUGGAAUGCGAACGAUUCUUGGAAGUGACGGCAAGCCGCUCAUGCACAUGAAAGAUCGCACUGUGGAUGGACUGGUGAGACGCGGCAUGGCUUCAAUCUCCAAAGAGGGAGAUGUCGAAGUCGUUCGACUCAACUUCACCCCAGCAGAUCACUAUGAGUAUGCUGGUCUAGAUGCUGCAGAGAGGAACGCAUGCGUGGGCUGCGGCUCUUAUGGAGUUGCUCGCUACUACAUCGUCCCGAAGGUGUUCUUUUCCCACUUGCCAGAGGCCUGCAAAUCUUACAACUGCCAUGAUGUUGUCAUGCUAUGCCCUCGCUGCAGAGCCAUUGCCGAGCCGGCGCAGAUGUCACUUACACAAGAGCUCUUAGCGGCCCAUGGGGCCCUCCGCGCCGGGUCGCUGUAUGCCAACGAGAAUGCGUUGACGCAGGCCCAGGUCACUGCCAAGAAGGCAGCCAUCACGCUGCGGAAGGGGACCAAGCCCUUCCUGCCAAACAAAGUGCAAGCCUUGCGAGAGGCAGUGGCUGCCGGACUGGGAAUGGCCGUGGAAGACCUUGGGGAGGCAUCGUUCAUCUUGGCAGAAAGCCUGGGUGCCGGCCGCCUUCCCAGCGAACGGGUUGUGGAAGAGGCAAUGGCGAGUUCAGACUCACUGCGGGCCUUCCUGCGAAGCUGGCGUGAGGCUUUUGUAAAUGCCCUGCAGCCCAAGUUCCUCUCCGAGGGAUGGAGUCUCGAAACAGGCCUAGAUGGGCGCUUCAUUCCGUCGGUGGCCUCAUCUUUGGAGUGGCCCGGAGAUUGGCGCUGCCCUUCCUGUGGCCUUCACUGCUUUGGGCGAAGUGACCGGUGCAAAAGCUGCAAGACCGCACGGCCGGCUGAUUGCAGUGAAGUGCUGCCUUGA